CGCUGCUAAAGGACUACUUUUGUGAGGAGAACUCUUCUUGAAACGCUCCGAUUUAAACUAUAGUUUAAGGCUAAGGGUAAGCGUUCACUAGGCUCGCCGAGCCGAGUCGAAUCGAAUCGCAGAAAGUCGCCUCCUAUAUAUUUACUAUGAAACUGCGUCCAUUAGCGACGAGCCUUCGACUCGGCGCGCCUCAGUCGACGCGCAGAAGUGGAUACGCGCCAGCGUAUUUUAAUUAAUUUUUAUUUCGUUUUCGUAUGUGCAAUUUGUGCUGGCGGACGGGGGAUGUCCCGGAUGAUUGGCGAUCCGCAGUCAUUGUGCCUUUAUAUAAAGGUAAAGGUUCACAUUUUGACUGCGGGUGCUAUCGGGCGAUCAACUUGACCAGUUUAGCAAGUAAAGUUUACUCGAAGGUUUUGACACGUAGGAUGCAAGAGAAAUCGGAAAGAUUUCUAUGGGAGGCACAAUGCGGAUUUAGACCUGGAAGAGGAUGCACGGAUCAAAUGUUUUCUCUCCGUAUGAUCACGGAAAAGCUUCUGGCUGUUAACCAGAAGAUUUUCUGUGCUUUUGUGGAUCUUGAGAAAGCAUUUGAUAAGGUUGUAAGGAAGAAAAUGUGGGAACUGUUGCCGGGGUAUGGUGUGGAUGGCCGAUUGCUAAGGGCUGUGCAGUCUCUUUACUGUGACUGUAAAGCCUGUGUGCGGGUAGGGCAUGACCUGUCACCCAUGUUUAGCGUCCAAACGGGCGUAAAACAGGGUUGUGUCAUGUCUUCCUGGCUGUUCAUACUGUAUCUCGACAGCUGUUUACAAAAGCUGAAAGAUAGCUGUUUGGGUGUGAAAUUGGGUGACAUAAAAGUAAAUUGUCUGCUGUAUGCUGAUGAUGCAGUGCUUAUUGCACCAUCAGAGGCAGAACUGCAGGCAUUAGUCACGUGUAUGAAAGAGGAAUGUGAAAUUAAAGGUCUCCGUUUGAAUGCUAAUAAAACUAAGGUUCUGGUAUUUGAAAGGGACGAAGAGAGAACGAAGUGUGAAAUAUGGGUAAAUCAGGAAUGUCUAGAACAGGUAAAUGAAAUUGUAUACUUGGGGAGUGUUUUUAGCCGGGAUGGAAGAUGUGAUUUAGAUGUGGACAGGCGUGUCGCUGCCGGGAACAAAGUCAAUGGUGCCCUGACUGCGUUAGUCAAAAGGCAAGGCGUAGCGAAGAGUGCACGCCUUGCAAUACAUAACGCAGUGUUGGUACCGACUUUGUUAUAUGGCAGCGAAACCUGGGUAUGCCAGAAGAAGCAUAAAAGUAAGUUGAAUGCAGUGGAGAUGCGAUCUCUUCGUAAAAUGUGCGGCGUUACUAUGGCCGACCGAAAGCGAAACGAAGAGAUUCGCAAUAUGGCAGGUUUGAAAGAUGACCUUAUCACAAAAAUUGAUAAGGGCGUGCUUCGGUGGUUUGGGCACGUUGAGCGAAUGAGUGAAGACCGAAUGGUGAAGAAAAUAUAUAGCGCGAAAGUUAAUAUUAAAAGGUGUCGAGGUAGACCGAGACUAACUUUCGAAGACCAUGUGAGCAAAUUGCUCGAAGAGGGUAGGGUCAAGAGUACUCGGAUACCUAGACGUGCAUGUAUGAAGAAGAUAAUGAAUCUGAAAGAAGCGAAAGAGAUAUGUAAGGAUCGUGACACUUGGCGAUCUGUUCUCUCUGGCUACCCCGUCAGGGAUUGUGCGUGAAGAUAAGUAAAGUAAGUAAUAAUCUUUUUGUUUAAAUAAAAAUUAAUGAAGAAAUAUUGAUAUCACUGGUCCAACAAUAUCCAGAUUUGUUUAAUCAUGAACAUCUACAUUAUCAUGAUGAAAUAAAAACCUCUCUUCAUCCGAGCUAUCCAUAACGCAAAUACGACCUAUUUUGUUGAAGAAUUUGCGAUGAAUGAACAAUUCGAUUGGAUUCGUCAGAGAUGGACGCACUAGGAAUAAAUGCGACUCGCUUCGAUUCGACGCAUUUCUGCUGUAGUCGACGCCAGGCUUAAGAGUCCUUCCAGAACGCGCCCUUUCGAGUCGCGUUCGAAAUUUAACAUUUGCUGGCUGUGGAAUUCCAUACUUUACAACAUUACUUUUACUUCGGAUAUAUCCGCAUCACAUUUAUCGUGCAACAGAUUCUAGUUAAAACUUGGUACUAAGUAUUAGUGAUAUUAAAGUAUGAAAUUGCUGUUUAUAUUGAAAAAUUGUUAUGUUUUCGAGAGUCAUUACGAAUCGUCUCGUACGCAUACUCGACGGCUUCGAGACUUCCAAACGACCUGGUUUCCGAAAAGACUUUAGCACCCAUAGACUACAUACAUACCCUUCGGCUAAUUGUACAGAACUCCGAAGAGUACAAUCUACUACUCCAUAGGCGUAGUCCCGAACUCAUGGAAGAUAGCUUUGAUGCACCCGAUCCCUAAAAAAGGCGACCGCCCAGAUCCGUCCAACUACAGGGCUUUCGCUAUCACCUCCUUGUUCUCCAAAGUAAUGGAAACCAUUAUUAACUACCAGCUCAUGCGGUACCUUGAGGAUCACCAGCUGAUUAGUGACCGCCAGUAGCCAGUACGGUUUUAGUCGAGGUCGCUCAGCUGGUGAUCUUCUAGGUUACUUAACUCAUUGGUAGGCGGAGGCAGUGGAUUCCAUGGGGGAGGCGUUGGCUGUUAGUUUAGACGUAGCGAAGGCCUUCGAUCGGGUUUGGCACAAAUCGCAUCUUUCGAAGCUGCCUUCCUAUGGGCUUCCUGAGAAAUUGUGCAAUUGGAUCACCAGUUUUCUUGCAAAUCGGAGCAUCAAGAUCGUAGUAGACGGUGCAUGCUCCGAUUACAAGCCCAUUAACGCUGGUGUUCCAAAAGGCUGCGUGCUAUCACCAACGCUGUUUCUUCUGCAUAUAAAUGAUAUGUUGCAAACCGGUAACAUUAAUUGCUAUGCAGACGACAGCACUGGUGAUGCUUUAUACACCGGCGGUGUCACACGUCACAAUUCUGUCCAAAAUACCUACUCAUCAAAGUAAGCCAAGCUUCAACGCGAGCUCCUCUAUGCACGUUAGUUAAUUAAUGGGGUUGGCUAUAGAUAUCCGGUACUUGAUUUUAGUUAUGUUUUCAACUUAGGAGGCUUGUCAGGGUUAAGCAUGAACAUUUUAAACUGUUUUUGAAUGUCGGAAAUGCGUUUUUAAUUAAUUAUGACAAAAAUAAAUUUCAAUAAAAAUUCCGUAUAACGAAACGCAAAUAUGACAAUUUUGUAUAGUGUUAUGAGAUUAGAUGUCAAAAACAGAUGCAAAAAGUGUGAAUCGGAACAGUUGUUGACGGCCAUGUUGUCGGCAACCGUAAAUGUCAAAUAUAAUAUAUUAUCUAUUAUGUCAAAUGUAAAUUGUCAUUCCGUUUCUCUAGUAGUCACGCGAAUGUUCUUCUUUGUGCUUAGUGCUGUGUUUUCCCUGUAUUUUCGACGACUUCUGCUCUGUUUUUGGACUUCUUUGAUUGCCCUUACGUUUGACCUUGGCUUUGUUUCUGGUUUUGAUUGGAUUGCAUUACUUUGGACUUUGGCUUGCUUACCGGACCUGAGAAUGAGCGAUUACGAACCCGUAGCGGGGCCUUCUUCGGCAUCUGACGCUUUACUCGAGGAACCAUCACACAUCGACGAAAACUUCUCUGACGACGGCGACUAUGUGAAGCGUCGACUAUACGUGUCUGAGAUUAUGUUCAUGUGGAAUCUGUCGGAUAUUGUGCGUGAACUUGGAACGAACGAGCAAUGUGUUCGAUAUAGUGAGGAUGAAGGGCUGGUCCUAAAGGAACGAAAGUGCGGCAAACAUAAAACUAAUAUGAAAAUUUCAUACUCAAGUGGCUGCAAAUCGCUUGGUACUUUCAUAUGUGCUAAAGCAUCCUGUAAGGGGAAAGCUGGAGGCAGUGGAGUUAAAAUCUCACGACGACAAGGGACUUUUUUUGAAAAUGUAACUCUUGAUAUGCCCCACAUAUAUUACCUCAUAUAUGCAUAUUCACAAGGAUGGUCUUAUAAUCAAACAAUCCAUGAAGAUCCAUAUAAACGACAGAGACAACAAUGUUUAAGCCCAAAUACAAUAUGUGAUUGGUACAAUUCCUGCAGAGAGGUAGUUGUUAUUUACUACCUCGAGAAACAGAAUCAGUUUACUGGAAAGAUUGGUGGCCCUGGUAAAAUUGUACAAAUUUAUGAGAGCAAAUUUGGAAAACGCAAAUACAAUAAAGGACGUCACAUCGAAGGCCACUGGGUGCUCGGUAUGAUAGACGAUGGGUCUGAGGAUCUCAGACUAGAGGUGUGCCCGGACAAUAUUAGGUCUGCUGAGGUACUGGUGCCGCUUAUACAUAGACAUGUGGCGGCGGGUACCACAAUUCAUACUGAUUGUUGGCGGGCAUAUGAUUGUUUGGCAGAACACGGGUACACACAUAAAAAAGUUAACCACUCAGACCCAGACAAUCCAUUUGUGGCUGAAGAUGGGACUCAUACACAACGAAUUGAGUCGCAGUGGAGAGCAGUGAAGAGGUUUUUUAGAAAACAAAAUUAUAAUAAUUCUCAAAGUUUUACAGACGUGAUUGUAGAGUAUUUGUGGAGACGAAAUGUAGAAAAGUUUAAAAAGGAUCCAUUCAAAGAAAUUAUGCGAGCAAUAAAGCAUGUGUAU